AUGGCAUCACCUCUGCCCUGGCUCUACAUUCUUCUAUGGGUAGAAAAUACCCUAGGGACACUUGAAGAUGAAGGAAACUUCUACUCCAGAAACAUCAGUCGGAUCCUGGACAACUUGCUUGAGGGCUAUGACAACCGCCUACGUCCAGGAUUUGGAGGUGCUGUCACUGAAGUCAAAACAGACAUUUAUGUGACCAGUUUUGGGCCCGUGUCCGAUGUGGAGAUGGAGUAUACGAUGGACGUUUUCUUCCGCCAGACUUGGACUGAUGAGAGGUUGAAGUUUGGGGGGCCAACUGAGAUUCUGAGUUUGAAUAACUUGAUGGUCAGUAAAAUCUGGACCCCUGACACUUUCUUCAGGAAUGGCAAAAAAUCAAUUGCACACAAUAUGACAACCCCUAAUAAACUCUUCAGAAUAAUGCAGAAUGGAACCAUUCUAUACACCAUGAGGCUUACCAUCAAUGCUGACUGUCCCAUGAGGCUGGUUAACUUUCCUAUGGAUGGGCAUGCUUGUCCACUCAAGUUUGGGAGUUAUGCUUACCCCAAAAGUGAAAUCAUAUAUACUUGGAAAAAAGGACCACUUUACUCUGUUGAAGUCCCAGAAGAAUCUUCAAGCCUCCUCCAAUACGAUCUGAUUGGACAAACAGUAUCUAGUGAGACAAUUAAAUCUAACACAGGUGAAUACGUAAUAAUGACAGUUUAUUUCCACUUGCAAAGGAAGAUGGGCUACUUCAUGAUACAGAUAUACACUCCUUGCAUUAUGACGGUCAUUCUUUCCCAGGUGUCUUUCUGGAUUAAUAAGGAGUCUGUCCCGGCCAGAACCGUAUUUGGGAUCACCACUGUUUUAACCAUGACCACAUUAAGCAUCAGUGCUCGGCACUCCUUGCCCAAAGUGUCGUAUGCAACCGCCAUGGAUUGGUUCAUAGCUGUUUGCUUUGCUUUCGUCUUCUCAGCUCUUAUUGAGUUUGCAGCUGUCAACUACUUUACCAAUCUUCAGACACAGAAGGCCAAAAGGAGGGCACAGAUUGCAGCUUCACCCCCAGUGACAAUAUCAAAAGCGAGGGAACCUUUGGAAGCUGAGAUUGUUUUGCAUCCUGAUUCCAAGUAUCAUCUGAAGAAAAGAAUCACCUCUCUGACCUUGCCAAUAGUUCCAUCCCCUGAGGCCAGCAAAGUCCUCACUAGAGCUCCUAUCUUACCGUCAACUCCUGUCACACCCCCACCACUCUCUCCAGCCUUUGGAGGCACCAGUAAAAUAGACCAGUAUUCUCGGAUUCUCUUCCCAGUUGCAUUUGCAGGAUUUAACCUUGUAUACUGGAUAGUUUACCUUUCCAAAGACACGAUGGAAGUGAGCAGCAGUGUUGAAUAG